AUGAGGAUGGUGAGCAAGUCCUACCUCUGCAAGAACAUGAAGGUGAUCGCCGAAUACAUGGAGCAUAAGGACAACCCACUGGUGCCCUUCAAUCCUGUGACCAUGGAAGGCUACCGCUACUUGGUCGCUGGCGAGAGAUAUUGCGUCAACCGGCCAAGGCGCACGCCAUGGUACAAGCAGGAGGAAGGCUUGAAGGUUACCACCGUGCAGGAGAUCUGGCAGUGCAAGGGGAAUCUGCUGCUCCAUGAGCGGGGAAACAUGCUCAAGGACGUGUGCCUCUCUAUGGCACUCUCCAAGAUGCUCAACCGAAGGUUUGCUGGUUUCAAGCUCUCAGAGGCAGAGCUCGAGAAAACCCAUGACUUCGUAUUCAAAGGCCUGCUCGCUGGGGACAAGCCAUAUCAACGGGCGUUCAGGGUCAUCGAGGAAGAGCUUGCUUUUGUCCAUGACUUGUACUACACGAGGUACUCUUACCUCUACCAAAAGGGUCGGUACCUCACUCUCUGUCUGCCCGUCAUCAUGCUUGCCCUAUGCUCGUGGCUCACCUGCCUGCUCGUCAAGGAGCAGGAUCGCAGCCUGGUUGACAGCACCAUAUUCAUAACAGUUGUCGUGGCAUUCCUGGAGGCAUACCAGCUGUACUUGUACCUAGCCUCAGGUUGGUUCAAGGUGGCACUGAUACGGAGCUACGUCACCACGCCUUUUUUGCAAAGAAACGGCUGUUUCCUUGAGAUGAUCAUAGGCCUUCUCUUGAGGUUGAAGGCGUUCCGCCCAUGGAAGUACAGACUUGGGCAGUACUGUAUCCUCCAGGAUCUUGGCCGCACAAGUUGGCUUAGUAAUUGUCUCCAUUAUUCUACACUGGGCCUGGUGGACAAGGCCAAGAAGGGGCGCAAGAAUUCAGUCAAGUUGUCCGAAAAUGUGAAGAAAGCCAUUGUUGAUUCCCUACUAAGAAGCAACGGCCACCUGGCGAACGGGGUAACAUCGCUGCGAAACAAUGGCGUCCAUGCUGACCUCUCAUGGGCACGGGACGCCAUCGCUACCGACGGGACGGUGACUCGCACCAUACUGGUCUGGCACAUUGCUACAACCCUGUGCGAGCACCAGCUGGAUGCACAAGCCAAAGAAGAAGACGCGGUCAGAACGGCCUCCACUUUAUCGCAGUACUGCUUGCAUCUCCUCGUUUUCGCACCAAACCUCUUGCCUGAUCACAUCUCUAUAUCAGAAUCCAUACUUGAUCAGUCAACCAACGAAGCAGGCGAGUUACUCAGAGGCGCCAAGACGUUGGACAGCAAGUGUGAGAAACUGAUGAAAACUAGCACCCGUGAUGGUAAUGGUGGUGAAGCACCACCGCUUGUAGCGAAGGGCGCUGAGCUUGCAAGGCAUCUCAUUGAAGACAUACAAGACACGAAAUUGCGGUGGAAGAUCCUCUCUGAUUUCUGGGCAGAGAUGAUGCUGUCCGUAUCGCCAUCCGACGAUGCCCGGGCGCACCUGGAAGCUCUUGCGAGAGGAGGGGAGUUCAUCACGCACCUUUGGGCACUGCUCACGCAUGCCGGUGUGCUGAAGCAAGUCCCUGACGGGUCAAACAAUGUCUGA